AUGAUGCACACAUUCGCCACCCUCCUCGCCUUCGCCCUCCUCGCCACCGCGCGCCCAGUCCUCGACGCACGCGCCGCGUCCUGCACCGGCACCAUCUCCUCCCUCUCCGACGUAGCGGCCGCAGUCAAAUGCACGACCAUCACCAUCAACAGCUUCACGGUCGACGCGGGCAAGACGCUCGAGCUCGAUCUGCUGGACGGCACGACGGUGAAUAUGGCGGGGGACGUGGUGUUCGGGGUGAGUAAUUGGGCGGGGCCGUUGUUGCAGAUUGAUGGUGAUGAUAUCACCUUCAACGGCAACGGCCAUACUUUCGACGGCCAGGGCCCCUCGUACUGGGAUGGUCAAGGCGGCAAUGGCGGCGUCACGAAGCCCGCGCCGAUGAUAACUAUAAACAUGUCCGGGACCUACAGCAACGUCAAAGUUCUGAACUCGCCCGCUCGGGUCUAUAGCGUGCACAACGGAGCUCCACUCGUGAUGUCUGGCUUGACCAUUGAUGACUCGCUCGGCGACCAACCCAACUCUGCGAGCGGCUCCAGUGCUGCAGGCCACAACACCGAUGGCUUCGAUGUGGGUUCUCAUGAUUUGACUAUUAAGGACAGCACGAUUAUGAACCAGGAUGACUGCUUGGCCAUCAACAAGGGCAGCAACAUCCUCUUCACGGGCAACACCUGCUCGGGCGGGCACGGUAUCUCUAUCGGCUCGAUCUCGAGCGACGCGACCGUGAGCGGCGUCGUCAUCACAAACAACAAGAUCGUGAACAACGACCAAGCCCUACGCAUCAAGACCAAAGCGGACGCGACUGAUGCGUCCGUGACGAACGUCACGUACAGCGGGAACACGGCUACGGGGACGAAGAAGUACGGCGUCAUCAUCGACCAGAGCUACCCGUCCACCCUCGGCACACCCGGCAACGGCGUCGCACUCUCGGACGUGAACUUCGUCGGCACCGAAAACAAUAUUGCCGUUGCGUCCGGCGCGCAACGUGUUGCGGUCAACUGUGGCUCGUCGUCGUGCAGCGGUACUUGGGACUGGUCGGCUUUGAGUGUUACGGGCGGGACAGCUGGUACUAUCAAUUAUAAGGGGAUUACUGGGUUCUCGCAAUGA